GACUCGGUAUAGAAGACGCCCUUAGCAACAACAUACAGCAGCGUCGUACAGAAGACGGAUUAAACCUCUGUGCCGCUCAGACGGCGUCUGACGGCUGUUUAACUUUGUACUCCGUCCCUGUGUUUUUAGAAAAUGAUGGGCGACAUGAGUACAGUUAACGAGCUAGCCUGCUUUGGCUAGCCGUCCAAGAAGACGAGUGGAAUAGCCUCGAGCUGCCCAGGAGGACUCCGUCUCGGGGCUUCACCGAGCUGUUUGCUAACUACAAAUCCAGCUAGACACGGGAAUGGUGCUCUGUGUCGAUACGCUGCACCGUCAGAGAGAGGCGAGGGGCACACGGGUCAGACCGCCAAGCUGUAAUUUUUGGACUCAAACUAUUUUUAGGAGCGGCUGUCUGACGGACGAGUGUUUUUGUGACAGUGCGAGCUAGCUGACUAGCUAGCUGCAGGAAACGACCCCCACCUCCUGCUCAGGUUUUUCCCAGCUGCAGCCACUGCUAAUGUUAGCCAGUGUGUGAGCGCAGACCGGUGAAAGAAAAGAGGGGGGAAAAGGAGAAAUUACAUUAACAUUCAAGAAGAAAGCAAGAACCCCACGAGGAGAAAAUUCGAACUGAACUGGCUCACAGGAGACCUCAGCUCUAGAGUACUUGGACUGUAUUUACCAGCGAAGACUGCCAAGUUACCCAUGCUGUUAGCCAAGUUGGCAGCGUGACUCGUUUUUCCACUUUUUUUAAUUCCUAAAAAUAUAUAUUUUUGUCUUCGGAUGCUGGCGUCACAUAAUAAACACAAUCAUGAUGAUAAUAAGCAGGAAACCAGAGGGCCCAAUAGCAACAGCACGCCAUGGUGAUGGUCUAUAUGACUCUUACAUGAGGACAGACCACAUCAUUAAAGAUGAAGCAGAUACAAACAGUCCAUCUGGUCUACCUCCCAUGCCUAAACACACAAUUGUCAGUAACAAGGCUGUAAUGAGGGAACACGUAACUGUACGAGGUAGCCAGCUCAAAGUCAAAUACCUGUAUGAAGACGCCACAAGCAAUCGAAAGAUUAAUGCUUUAACCACAGCAACCACCCACAACAGCGGGACCACUGGUCAGACCCCCAGUAAACCUGCCUCAGCUUCCAGUCUGUCCAAGGAGCACAGUGGAGACAGCACUGAAUCCAGCAAAGGCUCCAGUGAAUCCUCUGGCCCACAUGGCAUUGGAAAUGGUGUAAAUAGUGGAGGCAGCGGUAAGCUGUGUGGCCCUCUCACUCCUGACCAGGCUCUGAGGCUGUACCGUUCUCAACUGACCACUCUGGAGCAGGCUGAAGUCUUCUCUUACCCAGACAUUUACUUUGUGGGACCCAAUGCCAAGAAGAGGCCUGCUGUUGCCGGAGGCAACAACAAUUGUGGUUACGAUGAUGAGCAAGGUGGAUACAUUCACGUUCCCCAUGACCACCUGGCAUAUCGCUACGAGUUUCUUAAGAUUAUUGGAAAAGGUAGCUUUGGUCAGGUGGCCAAGGUGUAUGACCACAAACUACAGCAGCACCUUGCACUAAAAAUGGUGCGUAAUGAGAAACGUUUCCAUCGGCAGGCACAGGAGGAGAUCCGUAUCUUGGAGCACUUGCGCAAGCAGGAUCGCAAUGGCGCCAUGAAUGUUGUGCACAUGCUUGAAAACUUCACCUUCCGCAACCACAUCUGUAUGACCUUUGAGCUGUUAAGCAUGAACCUGUAUGAGCUUAUCAAGCGCAACAAAUUCCAGGGCUUUAGCCUGCCACUGGUUAGGAAGUUUGCCCACUCCAUCCUACAGUGCCUGGAAGCCCUGAGCCGGCACAGAAUCAUCCACUGUGACCUCAAGCCAGAGAACAUCCUGCUCAAACAGCAGGGACGCAGCGGCAUCAAGGUUAUUGACUUUGGCUCCAGCUGUUUUGAGCACCAGCGUGUGUACACCUACAUUCAGUCUCGUUUUUACCGAGCUCCAGAGGUGAUUCUUGGCUCACGUUACGGCCUUCCAAUAGAUAUGUGGAGCUUUGGCUGCAUACUGGCUGAGUUGCUGACAGGCUACCCACUGUUUCCUGGGGAGGACGAGGGUGACCAGCUGGCCUGUGUCAUGGAGCUGCUGGGCAUGCCUCCACAGAAGGUUCUGGAACAGGCCAAACGGGCAAAGAACUUUAUAAACUCCAAGGGCCACCCUCGCUACUGUGGAGCCAACACCCUGCCCACAGGGGCCACUGUGCUGACGGGGUCUCGGUCUCGUCGUGGCAAAAUGAGAGGCCCUCCAGCUAGUAAAGAAUGGAGCGCUGCCCUCAAGGGCUGUGAGGACCCUGCUUUUACUGACUUCAUAAAAAAGUGUUUGGACUGGGAUCCUUCGUCUCGCCUCACCCCCAGUCAGGCGCUCAGGCACCCUUGGCUUUACCGCCGUCUACCAAAGCCCAUACCUGGGAGUGAGAAGAGCCAAGGAGCCACUGUGAAACGGCUCCCUGAGCAUCACAGCACCUCCUUCCCUUCUAUCCUCUCCAAAGGGGGCCCUGGCAUAGGAACCACAACUGCCAGCAACAAACUGAGGAGCAACAUGUUGGGGGAUUCAGGGGAGGCCAUACCUCUUCGCACAGUCCUACCAAAACUUGUCUCAUAGAGAGAGAUGGCCGCUAAUCUCUUCUCUCCCUCCACUCCAUGCUUCUCUGCACUCCCCUGGAGGGGUCAGAGCACAGGCAGAAGUGGAAUAUAGCUUUUAAAACAUGUUUUAUUGUUGUUUUCUACUGAAAGGUGUCAUCACCCCAGUCUCUGGUUUUAAUAAUUAGCUGAAGAGAGGGAGAGUUUUUAUACUAAGAUUGUUCCUUGAGUGGCUGUGCAAUUUCAUUGGACAGCCGUUAAUGAAGUUUGACUAGAUCUUGUUUUUUUAACUGCUUUCAUGAGCGAACCGCUUCAGACACAAGCAAACGUUUUACCUUGCAUGUGUUGAACACGAGUGCUGUGUUUUAGUUCGACACACUCCAGCACACCUGCGUUGUCACUUGCCUCACUUCACUCUCAGCGCUCAUAGGUCACGACCCUCCUUUCAAAGCGAAACUUGAAAAGGGCUACACAGAUUACCUCGUAAUCAGGUUAGCAUUUGCAAACAAAGACUUUCAACCGCUGUGAUGUCCUAGUAGACGGCACACACAGUCACAUUUUCUUGCUUAUGCAACACACACGCCUUUACAAAGGUGACGAGGGAAUACCGUUGUUUUGUUAGAUUGAUUAGGAUAGCCGUUUUGUAGCAAUAACUCUUUACUGACCCCUUGGUGCUUGCAUGGCUUCUUGGUAUGUGACGUUAGCAUGUGUGAUCUUUAGCUUUGAGGUGCUACUGUGGGAGACAGGAAAAGACAGCCUGUUACUGCCCCCUCCCUCCCCGUGUUAGUGAAACAAAGGCCAUGGAGACCGCAGGACCACUGUCACAAAAGUGUAGCACUGAACUUUAACUGGCUUGUGUGAGACCACUUAGUGAGGCUGAAACACAAACACGUGGAGAGUGAGAGAGAGAGAGGGAGCACUGCAGGUUACUGCAAAUAAAAAAACAAAACAACAAAACUUGUGAUAACCAAGUAAGUUGGCUUUGGAAAGGGAACAUUUGGAUGUAUGUCACCUUCCCAUAAUCCCAGUUGGCUGCUGGGACUCCUAACGUGAGCACAGAGUGAGGAAGGUUUAUAGGGUAAUGUGAAGGGCAUCGUGUUUAAUAUGAGCCAAUAUUUUUUAUUAUUGUUAUUACUUUCCUCCUGUGGUAGGUGAUGGUGUUGACAGGCCAGUGAGAGAGGUUAGUUUUUAUGGUACUGAAGAUAGAAGUGUUUCUCAGGGAGAUAUACUUUAAUACAUCCCUUAUAUUGGCUCAGCUCUGUUCGCAAUCCCCAAGCUCCCCACCCCCCCCCAACGAACAUGCAUGUGGUUCUGCCCACCAAGAGCAUGUCUGUGGGGGGGGGGGGGGGGGGGGGGGGGGGGGGGGGUCAGCAUGCUCCACAAUCUGACCUAGAUUCUCUCUCCUCCCCCCUCACCUUGUUUUCUCACGGUGUCAUAUCGGGCAAAAACAUCUUAAACUCACACUUUGUGAACUAUGGUGCUGUACACACACAGAGACACACACACACACAAACACGUCAGGUUCUCAGUGUACGGACCACACCUUUGAGAGUUCUAUCUCCUGUACCGCGUUCUCCAACUGACUCUGUCAGGGAUUUCUACUCUCUCGUUGUUUUUUUUUAAUAGAAGUGAUUUCUGUUGCUCUUCACAUCAUAACAUCGAGAAAUGUGAAAUGGCAAAAGAGCAAGUUGUAUUCUGUCAUGUUGUACUAGUGUUGUGUGUUAGUAGGAGGGUGUUUGGUGUUCAGCAUGAAAUCACAACCUGUUAAACAGACUGAGUGGCUGCGAGAAGAGAAACUGUACAGUAACCAAAAGAAGUGAUGAUAGUUUCUUUUUCUAAAGAAAAAUAAAACAUUACCAACUGAA